AUGAAGCCAGAGGUCGACUACUCAGUCUACCUCGUCACGGGGCGCGAACUGCUCCCAGAGGGCAAGGACUACUAUGAGUCGCUCGAGGAGAGCCUGCAGGGCGGCGUGACGGUCGUGCAGGUCCGCGAGAAGGAUGUCGACACUGGCAAGUUCGUCGAGGUCGCGCGCAAGACGAAGGAGGUGUGCGAUAAGUACAACGUCCCCCUCCUGAUCAACGACCGCGUUGACGUCUUCCUCGCCGUCGGCUGUGCGGGCGUGCACGUUGGGCAGAGCGACAUGCCCGCGUCGCAGGUGCGUGCUCUCAUCGGCGACGACGCGAUCCUCGGCGUGUCUGUGUCGAACGAAAAGGAGGCCGUCCAGGCCGUCCAGGACGGUGUUGACUAUGUGGGAAUUGGAGCAGUGUGGCCCACAGCCAGCAAGGACGUCACCGCCAAGCCGAAGCUUGCGCCCAGCGGCACGGGCGUACUUCUCGACAUCAUCGCUUCCCAGGGCGAGAAGGGGCUCGCGACGCAGGCUGUCGCGAUCGGUGGCAUUCACGCGCACAACACCCCGUUCCUCCUUCACGGCUCAGUCGGUGCCUCUGGUAAGGCGCUUGACGGCGUUGCGGUUAUUUCGGCCAUUGUCGCGAGUCAGACGCCAAAGGAGAAGGCCGCCGAGCUCCGCGCCAUCACCGACGCAUUCAAGGCGUCGCGCGAGGGAACGAACUCCGAAACCGCAGUUUUCCCGGCUCCCCAGCGUGGCGCCGAGGAGCUGAUCAAGGCCGCCGCGGAACUGUUCGCUGUCGUCCGUGACACGACGCCGCUCGUGCACCAGAUCACGAACGCUGUCGUGAUUAACGACAGCGCGAACGCGACCCUCGCAAUCGGCGCGUCGCCUAUCAUGGCGACGAAUCCCCGCGACUGUGCCGACCUCUCGCCCGUCAUUGGUGCGCUGCUCAUCAACUUUGGCACGAUCACCGACAAGGAGGGCAUGUUUGUGGCUGGCCGCCACGCCAACAUGAACGGCAAGCCGCUCGUGUUCGACCCCGUGGCAGUUGGCGCGACGAGUUUCCGGCGCGAGACGAGCGUCGAGCUCUUCUCGGCUUGGCAGCCAACCGUCAUCAAGGGGAACCCGGCUGAGAUCGCCACCCUCGCGGAGCGCUCCGACGUGGCCACGCGCGGCGUCGACUCUGUCGGUGCUGGGUUCAAGGACCCCGCCGAUGUCGUACGUACCCUUGCCCGCCGCAGACGUGCAAUCGUCGUCAUGACCGGCGAGCAGGACUACAUCUCGGACGGCGCGACCGUGCUGCGCGUGAGUAACGGCCACGAGCUGCUCGACGUAAUCACUGGCAGCGGGUGCAUGACCGGCACGUUGGUUGCGACGUUCUGCGCAGCCGCACGCACCGCGCACAUCAAGGCGCACGGGGAGGAGAAGGGUGCCUUCCCGCUCGUCCGCGGGGACAUGCUCGCGGCCGCCCUCGCCGGCGUCCUCUCCAUCAAUGUGGCGGCCGAGCGCGCCGUUGCGCGUGAGGACGUGCGUGGGCCCGGCACGUUCCGUGCCGCCCUGAUCGACGAGCUGUAUGCCGUGCGUCCGGCAGACGUUCUGCAGCGAGCCAACGUCGAGGUCAUCUAG